GCAUGCGCCAAGGCCACGACCAUGGCACCCAGUACCGCUCGGCAAUCUACCCGUCCUCUGCUGCGCAGAUGGAGGCAGCCCUGAGGUCCAAGGAGGACUAUCAGAAGGUUCUUUCAAAGCAUGGCUUCAACCAGAUCACCACUGACAUCCGGGAGGGACAGACUUUCUACUAUGCGGAAGACUACCACCAGCAGUACCUAAGCAAGAACCCAAAUGGCUACUGUGGCCUUGGGGGCACCGGCGUUUCCUGUCCAUUGGGUAUUAACAAGUGAUUUCUCCCUUCCUGGUGGAUCCCAGGGGUUCCAACAAAAAUCCCUUCACUGAAUGGGGUCAUGCCUCUGUGAUUCACAUUAGUGGCUUUCUGAAGUGCACGUAGCGUAGUGCAAAAGCAUUGUACCCCAAUCCAGUUUUUAAUUAAGGUUUAAUUCACAGGAUGUGAAAUGGCAAGUUGAUAAAACAUAAUUUGUCCAGGAAGUUAGGGUGGAAGUAAGUUAUCUGUGAGAUUUUCUGGGUCGUUUGGGAUCUCAGUGGAGAUGAUGAACACCCUCAGACCCUGUGUCCACCCUUUCUGAGCACCUGCCAUGGGAGACAAGGGGUGAAGCUGGGAGAUAGCUGGACAGGGCUCAGGGAGCUGGGAAUCCUUGAUCUGUGUCUGUGACUCCUCACACGCCCUCCUGUCCCCCAGUGCCUUACAGUUUGCAAACAUUUACAGCCUCAAUAGCUCACUCCUGAAAUGCUUUCCUCUGCAGAACCAAGACAUGUACAGGAGGCCUUCUCUCACUCCUCAGCUGUCUUUGUGCAGAGAAAGAUGUGCGUUAGCUUGAUGAGCUUAAUGCUUUGCUUACAGCUAUGAGAAACGCCUGUUCUAAUAAAAAUCUACAAGUUCACCGACA